GGUUCAGCAGUGGAUGGGAUGGCGUUGUCAUUUGGUCAGACACAAAAUGAAGAAGCGAUGCCAGUGGUGACGGUACCAACCGUUGAUGUACCCGAUUCUGUAAUAGACCAACUCAAUAAUGAAGUAGGACGAGCACCUAGUGACCUUGAUGAUAACAAUGAGGAAAUGGUCGAUUUCUUGGAUGAGGCAUAUAAGAAAAGCAUUAGUAAUGAGAUUAGAGAGAGGAGGCGGGAAAAGAAACAGAGAGAUCAAGAGGCACUUGUAAUUUCUCAGGAUGUGACUAAAAUUCCUGAGGUCACAGACAUGUUAACUUCAGAGCAAGACUUAUCACAAUCUUAUGAGGCUAGUUCUGAGAGCAUAAGUUCAGCAUAUUGCGUCUUAUCAAAGCAAUCGCAAGUUAAUGCAUCCAAAUUAGCAUGUAAUUUUGAAAACCGUGAAGAUUCUUCACGAUCGGAGUCAUGUGGCAUGGAGGAACUUAAAUCCGAUCAGCAUGAUGAAGUUAUUGCCAAGUUGGAUAAAAAUAUAAUUGUGGAACAGGAAUUAAAGCAACAGUUAUCGUCCUCUGCACAUACAUCUAU